AUGACACCGUCGUCCCUCGUCUUUGAUGCGAACAACUUCGAACUUUUCCUCUCACUUUCUACGACUAGGUUCUCCGACACUGUUCACCGACACUGUCGUCCCCACAUUUCCAAUUCCCUUCGUCUUGAUGCGAACAACUUUCAGACUUUUCCUCUUUUCACUACCAGUGUUCUACGACAUGUCGUCCCCACAUUCCAAGACCAAUUUCCACGUCUUGAUGCAGAACCAACUUUCGAACUUUCCCUCUUUUCUCUACAGGAUCUACGACACUGUCGUCCCACAUUUCCAAAGAUCAGUUCCUCGUCUUGGUGCGAACAACACCAGACUUUUCCUCUUUUCACUGCAGGUUCUACGACACUGUCGUCCCCACAUUUCCAAGACCAAUUCCUCGUCCCGAUGCAGGCAGCUUUCGAACUUUUCCUCUUUUCACUACCGGGAUUCCACGACACUGUCGUCCCCACAUUUUCCAAGAACAUUCCCGAUGCUUGA